AUGAUUGAAAACGCCCGACGUGGGACAGCAUCAUUAGAGCUGCUUCCAUCAGAUAUACUACUCCUCAUACUUAAUAACCUUCCCAACCUCGAUUUGCUGUGGAACUUCUUGAGAGCAUCACCUCGAGUUUGGCGACUGUUUGAUGCUGAAUCUUUUACCAUUACCGAAGGCAUACUCUCAGGACCGAGUUCAAUCAUACCCUCAAAAGUCAGGGAGCUUAUACGAGGAGUAAUACUCACACGUUCUGGGGCGAUUCCCUUCGAAAACCUGGACGAGUUUCAAUGCCGAUUCAUGCGGGGUAUGAUUCCCUUCCUUGUGUCACAGAACACACCUCUCAAGACUCUCGGACCAGACUCCUUGUCGUCGUCAGCUGGGGCGACAGUCUUUAGGUCUGUCGUCGCAACAGCUUAUCAUAUCUCGGCUCUAUCACAAGCAUACCUGGCAUCUUGUCUAGAGCGACUACGAGGCCCAGGGUUCAGGCCAUUGCACGCCCAUGAUCCUAAACCGCAUUACACGCAUAGCUAUGGCCCCGAUGACAUGUGGGUUAGAGCAUGGGAUCGUCAAUUUACUGGUGCACCUGUCCCAAUCGUUGAUAUGGGACAGCCCACAUGGGUGGAAGAAAUGCGAGUCGUACGGGCUAUGUGGAUCAUACAAUUGAUGGGCGAGGUGCAGUGUCUAGUCGCAGACAAUCCAGAAACGAUUGGCUGGUCCGAUGACGAUGUCUCUACGAUACGUGGGAUGGGCCCGGUCGAUUUGUUCCAUGAUCGUCAUAGUCAAAUCUGUGACACAGAACCCAUCAAGUCAGCCAUUUAUUAUCUAACAACACGCAAUGGCUGCUAUAAAGAUGUAUUCUACCGACUGCCUAAGGCUCCCACACCCUCGGCAGAUAAUCGUUGGAUUGCGGGAUGGCCAAACCGCAACGAGCGUGUUAUGGAACUCAAGGCCUUCCGCUUGAACAACAAGCUGCAUUAUUUGCGGAAAGGUUCAACUUUGGCUGCAGUACCAGAAGGAGCAACCCCUGUUGAGCUUCCAGUAUUGACUGAGGCACAUCAUUGGGAGCAGACAGAAGACGCGUUUAACAACCGACCCUAUGGGAUCUCGUUUUGGAUUCGGCUGAGAAAUAACGACAUGUUGGUUGGGUCGCCUAUUCCUGGCGUUAAAUUCGACUCAUUUCGACCGCUGGGUCUCGCGUUCUGGGACCGACGAAGGCUGUAUCUGUUGGGAUUAGCAUCUGGGAUAGGAACCGGGGUGCGUUAUGGUGACCACUUCUAUUUCUUCGCAUGGGAGAGUAUUCUGCCGCCCGGAGAGGUUGAAAGAAUUAAGGCCGCUCUUCGGGAUACAAGGAUAAUUGAUUCGUCUUAA